ACUGACACAAUCUUAGUUUGCUAAAGUAUUUAACAAUAGUAUGGGUACGAACUCAUGAACACAUUAUUAGAAUAUCAUCUGCACAUCUGGUGAUGGUUUGAAUUGUAGUUAGUAACAAACUUAAAUCCAUUACUAUCGUUUUACUAAAUUUAUUUUUACCAAAAUAAAUUAUUCAGUGAAUUUUCUUCGUUUUUACGAAACGUGUUUUAUAGCCUUUAACAGAUUUAUGCGAUCUGACAUGCAAAUUGUCAAUAGAUAUAAAACACAUGACUCCGACAAAAAGGCAAACUAAACUUCAGAGAACUAUUCAUAAACAGUUUCAGCUUGCAGUUUAGAAAGAUUCUUUCAACAAAAUGUCGAAAAAUAUCAAGUUGGGCGACCUGGCGAUGAUAGAGGUCAAAGGUGAACACAAGGAAGAGUUCAGUGUAGAAGAAGCUAUAGAUGACGAAGAAUUAGAAUGUGACUUAUACGAUAAUGUGAACUUGCGAAAACCGUGGAAAUUGGGUUUGUUUUACGACAAGGUAGGCCAGGCAUUUACACAUAAGAUAGUGUUCGCCAGAGUUGCGCUUUACCCUUUCUUUGGAGUUUAUUUGAACAUUCCUGGCCAUAUGUACGCGGCCUUGACCUCAAUUUUCCCGAUGUUCUGGAGUCUGAAGUUUUUCUGGGGAUUUCUAAGCGAUUCGAAGCCCAUCUUUGGAAGAGGAAGGAUAUACUACAUGGCUUUAGGCUGGUUAGUCUCCAUAUUCGCCUAUACAAUCGCCCUGUGCCUGCCCUACCCUGAGCCCUACUACCAGGUGGCCAAUUGUACCAUGGACGUAACAAUGGUGAACAAUCCAGAUGCACCCAAUGCUGGCAUGGUCUAUGUGGCCAUCAUGGCCCUCGGAGUGUUUGGAGUCGGAAUCACUGACCUAGCUUCAGAUGCGCUGGUGGUGGACUACGUGAAGCGCGAACCCCUUAAGCAUAGGGGGAGGAGCAACAUUUUCGCCCAGAUGUGCUCCACUUUCGGGGGAGUCCUACUCUUCCUAACAGUCGGGGUACUACUCAACAGUCCCCCGUAUGGUGGCAAGUUCUGCUCCCUCAACUUCACCUUCAGGCACAUCCUAAUCAUCCUUCUCUGCAUCUCAGUGUUGGGCUUCAUCAAUUCCUGCUUCCUCACGUUCGAGACACAAACCAAAAAAGCCCAAGUGAACUUGAUGGAAAUCGUGCGUAAGUUCUGGAGCUUCAUGCACUACCGGGUGUUUCAGCGAUGUGCGGUGCUAUUCAUCAUUGUUCCAUCUCUCUACAGUGCCAAGUCAUCCGCCAACGUCAAAAUCAGGAAGAACUGGGCCAAGGUGGAGCCAUUCUAUGGGUCCAUGACGGGAGUGGGCGUAGCUUUGUUGGUCAUAUUGGGCAUGUAUGUCCUACAGAGGUUCUUUCUACACAUAAGCUGGAAGAAACUGUUCUGCUACACAAAGCUGUACAUAGUGGCAGUGAGUGUGGUGGUUGAGGGUCUGACCAUCUUCGACUUUGUGAGGUCCCAGUACUUCUACUUCUCAGAGGAUCUCCUCACCAGUGUUGCCUUAGCCACGUGUGGAUUCAUUAUGCUUCAAGUGGCAGCAGAGGUUUCGGAGAAGGGUCUGGAGGCACUGACGUUUGGCAUGCUGAUGACUAACUGGACCAUCAGUGCCAGCUUCAGUGUAAUCAUUGGCAACAUCAUUUCAGCGCCAUUCCGAGUCAACGACGACGAAAGAUACCACCGAGACUCACUAGAGGAUAGAUGGGCCGUGUUCGGGUCAGUUCUCGCUGCCAGCUGCGUCAACGUCCUCGCAGUUCCCGUCUUCGUGUUACUUUGUCCCUCGGACCGAAGUGAAGUCAAGGCACUGAAAGCGUCUCUUGGUAAAUCAAAACUACAAGCCCAGAUAUAUGCUGCAGUGUUUUGUCUUGGAUACGUGUUUAUAUUUGUGUUCAACGCAAUGAUGAUGAUGCCGCAAACUCAGUGUUAUGAAAUUAUUGGCGGAGAAGGCUGCAACAUUUAGUAUGAUUUUUGCAAAUUUGUAAUUUUUGGAGUUUAUAAGUUUUGUAAACUUUCAAAAUUUUCAUUUUAAAUUUGAUGUAUUUUAAUAAACUGCUGCUACAUGAUGUAGAUAACAAUAUUCAUAUACAAACUAUUAUCUGAGGUACAAGCAGAAAU